AUGAACAUCGAGGGAAACAGCUUUGGCGACAACGCCACCAUCCACCAAGGGGAUGUGUAUCACUAUUCUUCCGAAGGCGCAAGCGACCGCUGCUUGGCAGAUUUGCGAUCAACAGACCCCCGCGACGACAAGGUCCGGAUUGAGCAAACAAAGGGUGGCCUUUUGAGAGAGCUAUAUAACUGGAUCUUCGAAAAUGACAAGUUCAAGCUGUGGUAUGACGAUGACGAUACACAAGGCCAGCUACUGUGGAUCACCGGUGAUCCAGGGAAGGGAAAGACUAUGCUAGCAUGCGGUAUCAUCGACGAGUUGGCAGAUCAAACGAGAAUUAAAAAUCCAGAGUCAAAGAUGAUGCUAUCCUACUUCUUCUGCCAGGGUACCGACUCGCGUAUCAACUCUGCUGUAGCCGUGCUGCGCGGCCUUCUAUACCUUAUUAUUCACCAGCAGCCGUCACUCAUCUCACAUGUUAGGACCAAAUACGAUAUUGCAGGCAGGAGCCUCUUUGAAGACGUGAACGCUUGGACAGCAUUAUCACAGAUACUCAUAAAUAUUUUACAAGAUACAGGCAUAGAUGGCACCAUAUUAGUUAUCGAUGCGUUAGACGAAUGCGAGGCAGAUCAGGCAAAGCUCCUGGAUUUUAUUCUGCAGCACUCAUCACUAUCCCGAGUUAAAUGGAUCAUUACUAGUCGUAAUGGACCUCUUAUUGAGCAGAAACUAAGCACUUAUAACUCACGGGCGUUACUUAGCCUAGAAUUGAAGGACAACGAGGCCAGCAUAUCAGAUGCCGUUGAUACUUACAUCAAGUAUAGCAUCUCGCAACUAGAAUUAAUCCGGGAUGACAAGGUGCUUCAAGAUGACCUUGAGAAGGCGAUGCGACAAAAAGUUAGCGGGACAUUCUUAUGGGUAUCGCUUGUUAUGAAAGAACUUGAACAAGUAGAAAGCUGGGACGCUCUGCAGGUUAUCGAUGAAAUCCCGUCGGACUUGAAAGAAGUUUACGCUCGCAUGUUGAAGCAAAUCCUUCAGCUAAAGAGAGGAAACGACAGGCAUUGCAUACAAUUGCUUUCAACUGCGUGCGCAACAUAUCGCCCACUCAGCCUCUCAGAGCUAGGGUUUCUCUCGGACUUACCGCGUGGGAUAUCUGAGAAGCCAGGGGCCGUCCGGAGAGUUGUAACCAUGUGCGGCUCAUUUCUUACAAUACGAGACGAGAAUGUUUACCUUGUUCACCAAUCUGCUAAAGACUACCUGUCUACUGAAGCUUUGCAGACUAUUUUCCCCAAUGGAGUGGAGAAGAUUCAUCAUUUUCUAUUUUCCAGGUCGCUCCAGGGCAUGUCUCAGGUCCUAAGGCGCGACGUAUGGGAUUUGAAGGCCCCCGGAGUUCUCAUUGAUGAAAUUAUGGCUCCAGAGCCCGACCCUUUAGCCACGACACGCUACUCUUGUGUCUACUGGGCCGACCACUUAUGUGAUGGCAUCUCCGAAAAUUGGGCUCAAACCAAUGACCUUGAAGACGAUGGAAUCAUACAUCAAUUCUUGAACAAGCAUUAUCUGUAUUGGCUAGAAGCCCUGAGCUUGCAGCGCAGUAUAUCUUACGGUGUAGUAGCACUCAAUAAGCUCGAAACACUACUGCUUUACGCAUCCGCACUCCUAUUUAGUCCUACCGAAAGCCUAAUAAGGCGGCUAUUCAGUAAGGAAGAGCCAACUUGGCUUGCAUCGAAACCAAUAAUGGAUGCAAAAUGGGGCCCUUGCAUCCAAACACUAGAGGGUCAUGAGGAUACGAUAAUAAGCGUUGUCUGCUCAGCGGAUGGCCAGAGACUUGCCACAGCUUCGCGGGAUAGAACGGUCAAAAUCUGGGAUUACCAUACCGGGGGGUGUCUUUUGACUCUAAAAGGCCACCACAAAACAGUUGGGUCGGUUGCCUUUUCGGCAGACUGCCAAAAGGUCGUCUCGUCUUCAAGUGACGGCACAGUCAAGAUAUGGGAUUCGAGGGCUGGCAACUGUCUCCAGACACUCAGAUGCCAGAGCUACAAAUGGUCUUGGGCUACGCUGUCACAAGAUGGCAAGCUAGCUGCUACAAUCUCGGAGACAGACCAUCUCAUUAUCUGGAACUUAGCAGGUGCUUCCUCGCAUCUUCUCGAUGUACCUAUUCAUGGCCUAUUGAUUGAUGCUGUAUUUUCAGUAGACAGUCGGCAGUUUGCCCUCGUUUACUCAAAUGAGGUUCAUAUAUGGGAUAUAGCGACAAAUACUUGUUUUAGGACUCUUCAAGGCCGCUUUAUUGUUGCAGACAAUACGGCUGCUUUCUCACCAAACGGCCAACAAUUUGCUUCAUACGUCUACGAAAAAGAAAUUAAAAUAUGGAGUAUUGAGACGGGAGAAUGCAUCAAAAUAUUGCCAAGGAGUGGAGCUGCGAUGGCGGUAGUCUUCUCGCCAGACGGCCUACGAAUUGCGUCUGCCUUGGGUGAUAAAACCAUCAAGAUUUGGGACACAAUCACCGGGAAUUGUCUACAGACAAUACACGGUCUGAAUCAUACGCUUUUGUCGGUGGCAUUCUCUACAAAUGGGCGGGAACUGGCAUCAGCUUCGAGCGAGGGGGUAGCCAGAAUCUGGAAUUUAGAUACAGGCCAUACCUCUCUGAUACCCGACAUCCCAAAUCGCGGAAUCGACCAAGUUAUCUUCUCUAAAGAUAACAGCUUGAUCGAAUCAAUAUCCUAUGGUGAGGUUAAUAUUUGGAACACAUUAGAUGGCACUUGUUCCCAAACCCUCCCCACUGAAGGAACGAUGUUCUCGGAAGAUGGACAACGGCUCGCUUUCGUCGGAGAGGAUCACACAAUCUAUAUUACGAAUGCAGAUCUGACACGGUACAUUGAGAUACCAAAAAGAUACGUCGAACAGCUAAGGGCCAUUGGUUUCACUUCAGAUGGUCACUAUUUAGUUACCAUGGGAGAUGAAAUGGUCAAGAUCUGGGAGCCAACGACAGGAGAUUGUGUCCAGACCAUUCACGAUACUUGGCCUGUGGUACUUAUGGCAUGCUCGCCAGAUAGUCAGAGAAUAGCAAUUGGGGUCGCUACAAUGCCCUCGACGCAUAGCUCUCAACUAGUGAAGAUAUGGGACCUAACAACGAAGAAGCGCCUUCAAACUUUGAACACGCCCAAUUGCAGCCUAAUAUUCUUCUCUCUAGAUGGAAAGCUUCUCGGUACAACAUUCCAGGAACUAGAGGGGAAUAUGAAGCUAUGCGCCUUCUCACCAAAUAACCAGCUAUUGGUGUCAUACUCGAGGGGCAUACUGGACAGCACCACGAGAUCCAAGAAGACUUUGAAUAUGAUCAAAAUCUGGGACGCCGCCUCGGGUACCUGCUUGGUGACACUGGAUGUUGGUCCGCCAAUUAACAGCCUUUCCUUCGAUCCAUUAAGCAGUUCCCGCAUCCACACUAAUAUUGGAGUUAUGGAUUUGAGCUUUGGUAGCUCUGAAACGGAUAGCAAUAUAUCAUUGCGAGGACUUGUCCACCAUGGCUAUGGUAUAAGCCUUGAUGGUAUGUGGAUUGUAAAUGGCAAGGAGAGGCUGCUUUUGUUGCCUCCAGACUACCGAAACAAAGCAACGGCAGUACGGGGGUCGCAGAUAGCUAUUGGUGUGGUCACACGCGAGUCGAAUCGUCUAUUUCUGAUGAGUUUCAUGAAUGAAUAG